AUGCCGGUAAUUGAACCGAGACAGCCCGGCGAUGGGGAUCAAGGACAAUGGCUCACCUACACGUCCAGCACCAGCGCGCCGCCAGUGUGGACGACCACCACCACAAGCGAUUGGGUCGCUUCAAGUUACACGACACAGAUAGGCUGGACCACGAGUUACACCACGACGACGGACUGCGACUGCGAGUGGAAGCCGACCACGACGUCAUCCUCGUCCUCGUGGUGUCCGCCGCCCAUCGUCAUCGGCACGCCAACACUCUCAACCCAGAGUGUAAUCCCCGUCGUCGCGACCAGCUCUUCCGCCGUCGUCUUGGUGAACCACGAUAACGACGGCCUUCCCCCGGGCGCAGUCGGCGGGAUCAUCGUCGGCGCAUUCUUCGGCGCGCUCCUCCUGUUCCUACUCCUCCUCUGCUGUUUCCGCAACUUCCGCGGUGGCCGCCGACGACGGUACGGCAGCGACACCUCGUCGUCAUCUUCGUCGGAUCGUCCGCGGCGCAAACCUCCCGUGGUCGUCAUAGACCCCUACCCGCGCCGACCCGACGCGAAUCUCACGUUCGUGGGAGGGGGCAAUUAUCCCGGUACGAGGGUCAUGGUCACGAAGACGCAGAAAACGUUCGUUCGGCCGCCGCCGACAAGGCAGGUGCGCACGGUCAGGCAAUCCAAGAGGACGGAAAAAGUUGUGGUCGUCGGGAACGAUUGA